GAUUGACAGGCAGGUUAUUAACUGUUGAAGUCCUGUCGUGGUGGAAACUCAGCGGAGUUGGACGACGAGAAAUUGUGGUCGCCAUUUUCAGAUAACGUUACGGUCAGCCAUGCCGCUGCAGCCUUUCUCCUUCCCUGUCCCAGAAACACGUUUUUUAAAGGCUGGUAGUUUAAUCUACAAGUUCAAGAUUAAAGGAGGAACCAGCUACAGUGAAGAUAAAGAUUUUAAAGGAGAAUGCUUCAAUCAAGAACUGGAGGACGUCAUCAGAACAGUUCUUGGUAAUCUGGACCAUCUGGAGCCCUUUUCCACCGCCCGCCACAUCGUGUUUCCUUACAAGAGCCCCUGGGGAAAAGUACACAAACACACCACGAAGGAAAGGAAACUUUACCCGUUUAUCAUCACCCUCUACAUGGAGAAGAACAUGCACAAAAGGAAGCGACCAGAGGAGGAGGAAAUGCGACACAUCUCCAGUGUUUCUGAGUCUCGGUCAAAACGCUGUUGCAGAGACUCGCCACUAGAGGAGGCCAUACUAAAGGAGUUCAGCAGAAUGGAAGGUGAAAACAGCAAAGAGGACUUGGAUCAUCAGCGCUCAGAGGAAGAGGAGGAGGAAGAAGAACAAGAGGAGGUCACUGAAGAUCCAAUGCUUGCUUAUGAGCCCGAGACGACCCCUGAAGAGGAGAGGACACCGGAGAGACCGGGGAUCCUGAAGCGACUGGCCAGAAACCUGUUCCCGUUCGUUUUCAAGCCCUGACAGUCGUCAGUGAGGUGAAACGUUAAUCUUUGUUUCCUUUUUAGGAAAAGUGUUUCUGUUUUAAAAUGAGAAAAAAAAACUUCUUAGUUAAAGUCAGGUU